AGCUCCCACCGGCUCCCAGGGAGGAGAAAAGUCUACGACGAGCUAUUGAAACCGGAACUGCCGUUCGCGUUCAGAGGGGGCCCUUUCUCUAUGGUUGUUUACUGACGAGGCCGCUGCUGCCGCCGGAUGUUCCUGGUCGGUUGUUUCCGGAGAGGAGAGAGACGGCGCUUUCAGUCCCGGGUUCCCCGGCGGGGCAGGUGGCGAUGGCGGAGGCCUCUGCGUCCUGCUCCGCGGCGAUGGGCGGAGGCAGCGGCGGCGGCUCAGACUCCUCGCCCCCCUCCCCAAAGGCGCCUGAAGAGGAGGAGGGCUGCUGCGGCUGGAGCGAAGCCCAGUUCCGGCGCUACAGCUUCGAGACGCGGCCCAUCCCCAGGCUCCGCCACGGAGACCCCCGCGCCGAAGAGCUCAUCGAGAACGAGGAGCCAGUGGUGCUGACAGACACAAAUCUGGUUUAUCCUGCCCUAAAAUGGGAUUUGGAAUAUCUCCAGGAGAACAUUGGCGGUGGGGACUUCUCAGUAUAUAGAGCCAGCACCCACAAGUUCUUGUAUUAUGAUGAGAAGAAGAUGACAAACUUUAAGAACUUCAAGCCCAAAUCAAGCAGGGAAGAGAUGAAAUUCAGUGAGUUUGUUGAGCAGCUCCAGGAAAUCCAGCAGAAGGGCAGCGGAGAAAGGCUGUAUCUGCAACAGACCCUGAAUGACACAGUUGGGAGGAAAAUUGUGGUGGACUUCCUUGGAUUCAAUUGGAAUUGGAUCAACAGGCAGCAGGCAAAGCGAGGAUGGGGUCAGCUCACCUCCAACUUGCUGCUGAUUGGCAUGGAAGGGAAUGUGACUCCAGCACACUAUGAUGAGCAGCAGAACUUCUUCGCUCAGAUUAAGGGAUACAAGCGGUGUAUCCUGUUUCCACCUGAUCAGUUUGAGUGCCUCUAUCCCUAUCCUGUGCAUCAUCCAUGUGAUCGCCAAAGCCAGGUUGACUUCGACAAUCCUGACUAUGAGAAGUUCCCCAAUUUCCAGAAUGUAGUUGGCUAUGAGACAGUGGUGGGCCCAGGCGAUGUGCUUUAUAUUCCCAUGUACUGGUGGCAUCACAUUGAAUCUUUGCUGAAUGGGGGAACUACUAUCACUGUGAACUUCUGGUACAAGGGUGCCCCUACUCCCAAGAGAAUUGAGUAUCCUCUAAAGGCUCAUCAGAAAGUGGCGAUAAUGAGGAACAUAGAGAAAAUGCUGGGCGAGGCCCUCGGAAACCCACAAGAGGUGGGUCCCUUGUUGAACAUGAUGAUUAAAGGGCGGUAUGACUAGUCCUUGGUCACAGCAGUGAUGGACGUCGGAGCGGCCUCACAGACAUGUUGUGAAAGAUACUGAGCGCUAGUAUUGCACGCAGCACUUAAAGACUGAUGGGCUUCUGGCCUAGCUCUGCACCAAUAUAGAGAACGACUGGCACCGGAAAACCACAGAGCCCUUCCAUUCAUCCCAUCCUCAAUUUCACUGAACCUCCCAGAAGAAUCUAUUGUUACUUAGCAACAAAUAACUCAGUGUUGCCUGCCGACCAAGAAAUCAGAGCUUGACAUCUGGUACUUGAUUGACAUGUAAAGCAUUACAAAAUAUAUGUGGGAGGGAGCAGAGUUCAGGCUGAUCUUAUCAGUCUCAUGGGUUCAUGCCACUAGCCAGGUGUCUGGUGUUGCCUGGGGGUGCGCACACUACUACCAAGUCUGAAACAGAGAGUCAAAGUGGGAGGGAGCCUUAGGUCACACAGUACUUUGGUGUUUGCUUUAUAUUGUCUCCGGCCAGUGGAAACAAGUGCAUGAUGGCAUCUUUGUAGCUGCCUAAGUGAAAGAAGUAACUGGACAUGUCAUUUUGAUCUUCCCUCUGCAUUUAAUCUUAGCAUUAGAAAUCAACCUGGAAAACUGCCACUUCCAAGUUUUGCAUCCAUGUUUUGUUAAAGACAGGCUUCUAAUUGGUUUAAAGCAAUGUAUGGUUAUGAUGAAGGGCAAGUAAGGAUGUUGGCGAUGAGGUCUUCCAACUCCACAAUGCUGAUUUAACAUCAAAAAUAAUAUUUUGCAGGACCUGUCCUCUCAUUCUGCGAGAAAGCAGGCCAAAAUCCCAUGCACACAGCUUCCCCUUUCUCCACUUAGAAUGGCAGUUCUUUGGAUAAGCCGCAGAGAGUGACUAUUUCACUGGCAAUAUCUCGUGUUUCUCCAUUUUUUCACAUGGAAAUGUUAAUUCCAUUGAUUCCUCAACCUUCUGUAGGCUGGAUUAAACAAUGGAUAAAUGGGCAAAGGGUGAACAGCAAAGUUGCAGUAUUAUCACUUGCAGUGGCUUUUCCAACAGAGAUUUUGUCUGGAGGGGAAUCUGGAUGUCAUUGGUUGUAUUUCAAGAUGAGAGGACUGAGUUUAGAUCCCAGCUGACUUGAGGAAUAAUUGCUUCUUUCACUUGUAACUUUUGUUGCUUUGUUCCUUUGUCAUAGAGGCACUCUUCUGUGAAAUGCAGAGUUUUGUGGAGACAACACUGGAGAAACUUUGCCUGUCCCCGGAAAAGAGAGACCAUGGCCAGCUUGCCAAGACAACACCUGGCCAUGACCUUCCUCUUACAGGGACAGACUUCUCUCUCCUGACACUUACUAUGAAUUCUGUAUACAGUAGCUGGAAAAGUACUGAGGGGAGCUGGGUAUCGUUUCAGAUUCCAUUGGGCAAGGUGAGUCUCUUUAAUAGGACCCCGAAGAACCAUGAAGCUGUGCUAUAUGCCAAACCAGCUGCUUGAAUUAGCUCUACAGACCACAGGGAGGCAGUGGAAGACCAGUGUUCUCACCAUAGCGUGAUAUAGAUCAGGAAUGGGGGUGACGUCUGAAGAGCAAGAUUGGAUGUCGUGAAUGAUAGCACCAAUGCAAACCUUCUGCCUUUGGUUGAAAGCAAAAGCCUUUUCCAUGCUCACUGGAAUGUGUUCCGGAUGUGCAGCAGAAUCUGCCAGAGUGCCACCCAAGACUGGAGCUGCGGAUGGAGUGUUGCUGUUGCAUGGAGCCCACAUGGGAAGGGCCAGGUGCCUCACUGGAAGGAAGAGGACAGGACUGAAAUGCAGCAUUUGGAUCCCUUUUUUCUUUUUGCCAAAGGUGUAACUUUUGAAAGUUUCUAAACAGUUUUUAAACAAUUUUGUUGCACUUGACUGGUGCGAGAGCUCAGUUUACAAUGCACUGAUGGACUGAUUUAGUUACUGUCUUUUUUUUAAUCCUGUGCUUUCGAUGCCCUGCUGUGGUAUUGGGAAAAGUUGUGUGUGUUCUGUGAUAAGAAUGUGUGAGAACAUGUAGGAAAGGCAUAAUACCUACUGAACUGUAGUUCUUAAAAUACAACCAUUGUUUAAUGAUAGAAA